CGGCGCGCGGCCGUUUGAGUGAGCGGAUCGCGGCCGUGCCCCUCAGGUCCCUGGUGCGCGUCGCUCGGCGUCGUCGCCCGGGGGUCGCCCGCGCAUUUCCUCAGCGCGGACGGCGGGAACGCGGCGCGGGGCGAGCCCGUCGAGCCUGGCGGGGCCGCGAUGGAGGAGGCGGCGCUCGGCCCGCGCUCCCGGGACAGCUGGCUGAGGGCACGCGUGUGACUCGGUUCCCUGUAACUUCUGGCCCACAGCGGGGCCGCCGGGGGAAGGCCGCGGGCCCUGAGGAGGGCCGAGGGCUGAGGGCCGAGGGCCGAAGGCGGAGGGUGGAGGGCGGAGGGCCGAGGGCCGAAGGCGGAGGGCGGAGCGCAGAGGGAUGAGCGCGGAGGGCUGAGGGCUGAGGGCUGUGGGCUGUCCCGGCGCUUCGCGCUUUUCUGUGCCUCGCGGGUCGGGUCCACGUGGAGGAGGGCGCGAGUCUCCUCAUAGUGGCGCACCUCCCGUGCUCCCGAGUGGCCCGGUUGAGUUAGAAGAUGGCCCCUGUCCUGCGCAGGGUUGUUUGCUCCCAACUUUGCUUUGUUGUUGACGUAAUCGCAGCACCGUUGUUUCACCGUGGCAGCCCACCCUUCCCUCUUUGGCUAAGGUGAAUUUGUAUAUUCUGGCAAUCUUGUCGUUUGUCGUUUUCUUCUGAAACCAUUUGCAGAUUCACUACUGAUGAGUCAUUCGGGUUUCGUUUUUUUGUCUUUUUGGUACCAGGGAUCAAACUCAAGGCCUGGUGCUUGCCAGGCAGGCGCUUAUGUCACUGAGCUAAGUCCCCGGCCCAGGUUUUUUGUUUUUCUUAGGGUUUUUUUUUUUUUUUAAAUCCCUUUUGUUUUCUUUUUGUUUGGUGAGAGAGAUCAAACCCAUACGGACCCUGGCCCUAUUUACUUUAUGCAUGUUAGAAAACGACUAUUUUCAGAAAAUGUUUUUUUGGGGUGAAGAAGUAUGAGGUGAUUCUUUUCCUGUCAGCACAUUUCAGAUGUUACUUGGCUGUGACUCCCAUUGUGUCUGACAUGUCUGCAGUUAGCCUUAGUCCCUUUGUUGGUGAGGCCUCUUUUCUUUGGCUAUUUUAAGAUUUUUCAGUGAUUUGAUUGAGAUUUGAUAUGGAUUUAUUAUUUCUUGUGUUUGCAUUUGCUAAACUCUUAGAGGUGAAGUUUGUACUGUUACCAAACGUCAUUAUUUAGAAUGUUUUUCCUGACCCCUCUGGUGUCAGAUCUCCCAGCCACUCUGUUGAGAGUAGUCCUGCAAGCUGCUGUGGUGUUAAUACACCUGGGUGCCGUGGGCUGAUAAGCCGGAUGGUCACUUGAGCCCAUCAGUUGGGAACUAGCCUAGGCAAAGUAGUAAAACCCCAUUGUCCAGUGGCACAGAUGCGUGGUUUAUUCUCUUGGCUCAGUUAUAUUUCAUAUGACUUAUACUGCUAUGUCCUUGGCACCUUAUAUCCAUGCUCUUUUGUUUGGUUUUGUUUUCUUGUUUCCUUGCCUGAUGUUUUAUGGGAGCAAUGCAUUAUUUUAAUGUACAUGUAUAAUUUUAAGUUUUCCUAUGGGUCACACCAUGCCCCAUUGUUGAAUCUCUGCAUUGCAUUGAUUUGUUUGUUGCUAUCACACAACACUUGCAUGGCCAGGAUUAUCUUGUAAUCAUUAACAAUGAAUGUAGGGCUCAGGAGCCGAGGGGCUAGGCUGAGAUUUUGUGUUUCCGUUACCAUCACUGGAUAAUUCAGCUUGCACAGCUCUGCCAACCAUCUGUUACUGGCUUGACAUGCAUCAGGUUCUCCUCUGAUUAUUUGCAGGAUUUCUUACUGCUACCUACCUUCACUCCUGUGCUUUUAGGAUGCAGUGGUUAUCGUUUCAGUUAGAGAUGAUUCUUUUGGGGAUAUACUACCCGCAGUGAUCCUUCACACAGAUCAUAGGGAACUCAGCAUGAAAUUAAAACUGUGUCACUACAGUCACUGUUUCUGUAUUCCAGUGACUUCAUAUUAAUUUAUCUCUUCUAAGAGAGUGUGCACCCUGGUCUUUCACAACCACAAUUUGCCAUUUAAACAGUUCUAUUGUUUUGAGAACAAAUUGCAUCACUGUGUCAGGUGGGAAUCCCCAGAAGCUGAUUCCUCCCCGCAUCCAGUAUCCUGGAAAGCAGACAUGCUUGUGGCCAGUGUUGGAAUGAUCCAGAUCCUUGCUGACUUUCCCACCUGUAGGACAUAGUGUCUGGCAUUUUUCCCAUGUGCAUAGGAACAAGCAUAUGUUGACAGAAAGGGAGAUUUGGGAAUUCACGUUUUCCAAGUUAGCACACCAACUCAUUGCAGCUGAUUUUCCUCUAAAAUUUUAGGCUCCCAUAACUACUAUGACAUUCUGCUACUCUGAAUAAAAUUAUCCCUUAAAGGCUCAUGUGUUCUGAGAGAGGACAUUUGGAGGGUGGUUGGGUCAUGAAGAUGCCGAGUAGAUCAAUGGGUCUCAUUAAUGGUUAGAAUUUAUUUUGUAAGAAGAAUCCUGGGAGGGUCUGUGCAUGUUAUGGUCUGUGUUGCUGUCAUAUUCACAGUCCUCCUCCUCAAAGAUUUUAUUGAUGUCAAGCUUUAUCAUUAGUAGUUUUAAAAUCUUCACUUUUAGAUGUUGAUAUGCCAUGAUCUGAUGGCAGCAUUGGGAGGUGAUGUAAACAGGAGGUGGGUCCUAAGUGAAAAGGGUGCUUCAUGGAGCCUGACUGUGGGGAUGACAUCAGGUUCUCUGGUCCCUGGGGUCAAGGGGCACUGAACUUAGAUUUUAUAUCUGUUUCCCAGCCCCUUCCUUACCCUCUGACUGUUUCUCUCUUUUUAUGUUUCCUGUCUGCCGUGAGAUAAACUACUUCCCUGUGCCACGCCACCUCAGCUAUGAAGCUUGCCCUCGCCACCACCCAGAAACAACAGAGCCAGUGACCAUGGACUGAAACCUCUGAAUCUGUGCUCUCCCGGAGGACCUCUGCACUGUCUGGGGCUCUGUGCCCUCUCAUUGGCCAGUGGUGACUGACUGAAGAGCAGAGGCCUCGCUGUGGGCGGGACCAGGCCGCUUUGGCAGUCUGGUUCCUGUUGUACUGAGGAUUUGAGGAGGUGUUGUCCAUGUACUCAGUGCUGGGACAGGGUAUCAUUGCCUGCCAGUCCACCCCCUAGGAUGGAGCGAGGAAUAAAAUCAGAAACAUAAUCAGCAUUGAUGUGUGAUUGAUAGCUGGAUAGGGUCGAAAGGACCCAUCCAGGCAUGGAUGAUGCGGGGGACCAGAGCAGUGAGGACACAUCUGAGGCCAGCAAGCCCCUGAGGAAAGAAUUCAGGAAGACCUGGGGGAGCCGGAGAAUCUUGGCCCCACAGCGGAAGGGCGCUGGGGACAAGGAGGGGAACUCUGCCAGGCAGAGGCUGUGCAGCCCCUCCCCGCGCCACAGCAGGAGGCCAGGGCGCAGGGAGCUGGCCAGGGAGUUCCUGAGCACAGUGUGGCCACCAGGAAAGGAUGUGGUUGUGUCCCUUGAAGAGUCCACAGAGCCAGCAUCCUGUCUGGAGACCCCUGUGCAAAGCGCCUUGGGAGGGUACAUUGAGAGCAGCCCCCGGAUGAGGAGGGGACCAGUGCCCAGCUCCCGCUGUGUGAAGGAACGCCCCGCCCCUUCUAAGAAGGCCAGAGGAUGGGCUGAGCCAUGCAGCACCUCUGACAGUGCGGACAGUGAAGUCCGUGAUGGCUUCACUUUGGAAGCACUUCAGGAUCACCUUCCUGGAAAGCCAGAGCCAGAAGCAGCAGGGGGGCGGCUGCAGGGUGUCCACAGUCGCCUGAGGAAGCCGCUGAGGGAGGGGCACCCCAGCUACACUGCAGAGGCCGAGGCAGGCAGUGCCGGCCACAGUGCGCUGCCCCGCAAGCUGGACACUGACACCGAGGCUGCCCAGAGGGCUGUGAGCCAGGCAGCAACAGAUGACAGAGCGCAUGCAUUGGAGGCAGCAAUGAAACGGGGACCUGAAGACAAAGACCCCAGGCACCUGGGCAGACCUCAGCCUGAGGGCGAGGGCUGUGACCCCAACGCCAUGUCCUGUGUCUGCUGCCAGCCUCUCAGCAACAGGGUGGUAAUCUUCUGUGACCGCUGUGAGGAGUGGUUCCUGGGUGACUGCGUGGGUGUUUCUGAGGCUCGAGGGCAGCCCUUGGAGAAGAACAGGGACGAUCACCUCUGUGCAGCCUGCACUACCCUGCAAACCCAGCACAAGGGGACUGCAGAAGCCACCGAUGACCAGGAGCCUGGGCGCAGACCCAGAGGUGCUGAGGACAUAGAACGCAGGAGCAGCGGGCCAGGCACGCAGAGUGCCUGUGCCAAGCAGGGGAGCCAGGGCGGAAGUGAGGAGACUUCAAGCUGCAGCGGUGAGAAGCCCGCGAGGACGGCCUCGCCUGUCACAGUGGCUCCUGGCGCUGUGCCUUGCGCGGGCCCUGGGUGCUCCAGUGUGGCGCAGCCUGGCACAGUGUACUGCAGCAACAACUGCAUUCUCAAGCACGCAGCAGCAGCUAUGAGAUUGCUCAGUGUGCAGAAAGGACGCAGGCUGAAGCCUAAGAAGAAGUCCAAGAUGAAGCCCAGAGAGCUCCAUCCCCCAAAGCCUAGUGUGCAGGCAGGGGUUACAACAUCCUCUGUGCACAAGCGGCCACCUCCAGAUGAAAUCGAAAACCCGGUGAAGAAGGCAAUGAUAACUCCUAGGGGCGACACCAUGGGGAAGGAGGCAGCCAACAAAAGCAGCAUGCCCUCCCGAGCCAGCAACCACCAGGCCAGCGCUGCAGUGCCGCAGAAGACUGCUGCUCCCUCCCCACUGUGCUGGAGCAAAUCCCCAAGGGACCCCAGGAGCACGGAUAGUGCAGAGACCAUGACCCUUCCAGGCUCCCCAGUGGGCAGACAUCUGCUGAAGAAGCCCCAUCCUUUCGUGAAUGUGACUGGAGCCAAACCGACCAUUAAGAAGUCACCCUCAGGCUUUGGGGGCCCCAUCCCCAAGAGGCCCCUGCUCUCGGGGGCCCCAGCAGGCUGCUCCUCUAAGGCCAGGCAGGGGGGUCCAGUAUCCAGGCCUCGGGCAAGGGAUCUGGAAAUGCUGGAAGCCAAGAGAAGACCUGUGGUGACUUCAGGCCCCAUGGCUUCCGCAGCCCCUGGACACCUUAUGGCUUCAGGUGCUGCCUGGUCCCCACCAGAGUCGCAGAUUUGCCAAAGCACAAGGCGCUGCCUACAGAAGAGGCUGAGGGAAAGAGUCUGUGACAGUGGAGACUUAAUCGUGACAGAAAGUGAGGGUGGGAAAGCCGCCCUCCACCUUGAGAAGGAGAUGCUUAAUGUGUUCCCAGGGAUGGACCCCUGCUACAGGAGCGAGCACCGCAGCGUUGUUCUCCACCUCCAGGGUGCUGAGCGCCAGGAGCAGCAAAGAUCAGUACAUGCUGUCCAUGUGAAGAGUGCAGCGCCUCUCCUUGGUGGCCCUGGCGGGAGGUCGAAGGGUCAGACAAGCCAGCACCCGGCCCACCUUUCUGCUCUGAACUACAAGAUUUGUACAGAUCAGGUUCCAUCUGAAGAUGAACCAGGUCCUAAAAAACAAAAAAUAUCACCUUCUGCCAAGCAAGAGGACUUAAAAUCCCAGCCUGGAAGCUCCCUGCCUGAUCGGGUUUCUCGAGUAUCUGCUGAAGGAUCUGCAGUGGCUGCCUCAGAGUCACACCUGGGAAGGGCCUCUGGCCCAAAGCCAGAGAGAAAGUAUGUCACUGGGCCUCCAGGGGACCGAGGUGCCAGACCCUCCCCACUCAAAGUCCUCCCCAGCUGCCCAGAUGGGGUGGUCACCGCAGUCACAGUGUCCAACCGUGACCCCAGGACUGCUGUGGGUAGGUCCUGCACUAUCAUGGCCUCUGCUGAAAACCACCUGGACAGCACCCAUAUAACUGAAGCCACACCAGGCCUGCCAAAGCCUGCUGUACUCUCUGUGACAUUGCCCAAAUCCAUACUUGUCAAGCCAACCUCGUCCCUGGACCUGAGGCAUCUGUCAGUUCCACCGUCGCCAGGUGUCAGCAGCAUUUCAGAGUCACGGUCCCCCCGAAUAGGAGACAGGACCUUGCCUUCGUUUCCCCUCAGCAGCAUCUGGAAAGGCCUUAUUCACAUGGAGAGCAUAGGCAAAUUUGUUACUAAGGCGUAUCCUGUCUCUGGGAGUUCUGUUUGUGUCAGUGAGGACCUGCCGGAUACGAUUCACAUCGGCGGGAGGAUUGUGCCAGAGACAGUGUGGAAUUAUGUCGGCAAGCUCCAGUCUUCCGUGUCCAAGGAGCUGUGUCUGAUCUGCUUUCAGCCUGUGACCUCGGAGGAAGAGGGGGCCUACACCUCUCUCUACUACUACUUCAGCAGCUGUGGCCGCUUUGGGGUCGUCGCUAAUACCCACAGGCGGAUCAAGGACCUCUACCUGAUCCCGCUGAGUGCCAAGGACCCUGUGCCACCCAGUCUCUGGCCCUUUGCAGGUCCAGGCCUUGAGUCACCACGUCCAAAUCUGCUCCUUGGGUUGGUCAUCAGUGAGAAACAGAAACACCUUCCAGAGCCUGUGGAGCUGGACAGAAUACAUGAGAAGGCCCCCCUGGACACGCCAGGCCGUUAUCACCUCCCUGCAGCCCCACGGUCCAAGAGGAAGCCCCCGAAGAGCCAGCCCUCUUCUGCAGCUGUGGGGACCCCAACAGCUCUGCUGCCUCUUUUCGAGGCCCCUGUGUGGAAGACACUGUUGUCCCUCUCCCCAGGGGCCACCUGCAGUGUCACCACUCCUGCCACAGCAGCGCCAGCUCCUGAGGCAGCUUCACCUGUCCCUCCGAGGCCUACGGACCCAGCCUCGCCACUGAGGUUCCUCCUGCAGACUCUCUUCAAGGGGAGCUCCUUCCUGGCGCCUCCUCCCCAUGACCUUGCUGGCCUGACUCCACCUCCCCAGCAGGACGGCAAAGCCAAGGGCCAGGCCGGGCUGUCAGGAGCACUGCUUCUCGAUCCCAUCGUCCAGCAGUUCGGCUGCUUCAUAAGCAGUGACACCCGGGAGGAGGAGGAAGAUGACAGGCCCUAUGACCCAGAGGAGGGGUACGACGUGGAGCGAGCCUCUGACACCCCAAAGUGGCGGGGUGUGAAAACCAUGCCUGGCGCUGCAGAGCAGGCCGAGGUGGCCUACGACCCAGAAGACGAGACCUUUCUGGAGGCGGCCAGGGUGACUGUCGCUGACCUGCCCAAAGUGAUGUGCACAGAUCUGGGCAGCAGCUCCCAGGAGAGGCCUGGGGACCACAGGGAACGUGGGUCUCCUCCUGCUCAGCAAGGGCACCAGGAAAUUGGGGAGGAGCUGAAGUCUUCGUUGGCUAGAAGGCGGCGCUUCCCCCAGGAACCGCGGGCCCUGGACCAGAGUUGGGGAGCCCUUGGCCCAAACUACGCCUCAUGCUCAAGGCCCAGUCGAGACCCCCAGCAGGCCAGACCCCUGGGUGAGAGCCGCAGGCCUGAGACCCUUGCCGGGCACUGCCAUGCUAGGAAUAGCAUCUAAGAGGGGUGGCGGCUUUGAGGAGGAGCUGCCAGCCAGGGAGACAGACCCACAGCCACACUCCUCGCCCUCCCAUGAGAACCCUGCCCACCCCUCCAGAGCUCUAUAUCCGCCACAUGGCUCAUCUGCCCCUACAGGGGACACCACACUGGACACAGGUGGAAACCCACUUGCCCCAGGGCUGAAUGUCUGUGUCUCUAACAUUCACUCUGCCACCAUGUCCUGGAGGUGAUCUGUGGUGAGGGUCCGGUCCCCACAUGUGGGCUCAGGGGCCCAUCAGACGGGAAGGAGUCUGUGGCCCCUGACCACAGGACGAGGCAGCUGCCUCCUGUGGAAGCCACCACCUGCAGAAGGGGCCUUGCUGGACUCUUGAGUCUCAGUGCCUUGAUCUGGAUGAGCCACACCCUGGAACAUGUGGGAGUAAAUUUUGUUUGUAAGUUAGAUGGUCUGACGUAUUUAUCACAGCAGCCUCAAUGCACUAAGGCAAUGCUGAGUUUUUACUGGAACUGAUACAUCGAUUUUUGAACUGACUUCUUAAUCCUGUAGAUUUUAACCCCCCCCCCCCCCCCAUAAACAUGGCAUG